CUUAUUUCACAUUGGAUUGCGUCAUCGGUUGACGAUUUACUUUCUGAAUUUACUGCAUGCCAAGGUUGUGCCUCUGCUAUUCCGCGAUCCUCUACCUCUAAGACUUUGAUUAAACAAUGUCCCUCUGAAGGAUGUUUCUCUUAUUUUCCGUUAUCAAGUUUGAUCCGUUAUCCUACGAAACCUCGUACUUAUAUACAUGCGGAUACUCGUUCGAUUUCACUUUCUGCCUCAAUAGGCUAUGCCAAAUCUCUUUUACUAUUUCAUCUUUUUGCUCCGGUUCGCUUACCUCAUACGAAUGAACUAGUGCUUAGGAUUUCUGAUAUCCAACUUCCUUCUUCGGUGUUUACCCUUUAUAUUGAUGGUUCCUUCCUUUCUCCUCCUAGUAAUCCGGUAUCCUCGAUGGCUUAUGCAUGGACUGCUAUAGAUCCUGAUGGAUUUAUUUUGGAAUCCCAUUAUAAUAUCAUCUUUUCCAUUUUUCCUUCUGCUUUACGUUCAGAAGUUUUUGCUUUAUUGCACGGAUUGGACUCCCUUCCUCGGAAUUCAAAGAUUACUGUAGCCACUGAUUGUGCUCAAUUACUUUCUUUAUGGUCUUUAUAUGUGGAUGCUCCUUUUAUUCCCAGAAUGCUUAAAGAAUCCAACCACCUUUUGUGGUCCUCCAUACGCACUAUUAUGUUGCAAAAGAAUCUGGAUGUUACCUUGAUCAAGGUUCCUACUCAUGCUGACGACCUCUUGAAUAAUCAUGUGGAUGCAUUAGCCAAAGCCGCUCAUACUGACUCACAUCUUUCUUCUUGCCCACCAUUGGAUUUGAUGGCUCCUUGCAUUUUACAAUUUAAUUCCUUACCUGUGGAUAUGAAUAUCCGGAAAUUUAUUAGAAAUAUUUUUGACGCCAAAAGUCUUUUAACUCUUGCUGUCUUACCAAGAUUUAAUUCCUAUUCUUCAACUUCUGAUAUUGAUUGGGCUUGCACCAAAUUUUGUCUCAAUAACAAUAAGCAUUUUGUCUCUCAUCGGAAUGGCCGUUCUGAGUUUUGUGGUUUCCGUAUCAAGCUACUUUUAGACAUGCUUCCAACGCUUACAACUCUUCAGAGACGAAAGCCUCAUCUUUAUAAUCCAAGUUGGCUUUGUCCUCAAUGUAAUUCCUUUCCUGAGACUUUAGACCACUUGUGGACUUGUCCUUAUAUUUUACCGGAAUUUAGCCCUUUACAAACUUUUAAAACAUUACUAUUGGCUCUUCGGACUACUUAUCUUGAUAAUUUCCUUUCCGCGUCAUCUUUAAUCCCUUUACCGGACUCUUUUGCUGCUGAAUUUAUGGCUCUUAAUUGUUGGGAUUGUGACCCUCCUUCAAUUUCCUGCCUGCGACUCACAAGAGGACUUAUACCGAUAUCUUUGACAGAAUUUCUUGGAAUUUAUUUUUCUUCACCUACCAUAUGGUCUAUCUUAGAUACACCUUUGCACGACUUUCAUUUUGACCUUUAUGUUCAAAUCUGGUUGUGCCGAUCCAUUUUCUUUCAUCAUUGGGAAUUAGCUCAAGGCAUUACAAAAAAAAUGAAAUCGUCAGCUCUUGGGCCUUCUUCUAUUCUUCGACCUUCCUCUAACAUUCCUCUUGACUCUUCGACACCUUCCUUGGCGACAGCUUCCUUGGAUUCCUGGGUUUCUUGGGUUUCCUCUUCUAUAAUCCGUGGGGGAUCUUGGAUUUCGCAUUUGGAUUUUUGGCGCCGCUUAACAUGUUUUAGUAAUAGUAAUUUAAAUUCUUUAAUGCAAAAUUUGAUACCAAAUGAUAAUGAUAUUUCAAAUUUGUUAUUUAACAAUGAAAUGGAAUAUAAUGAUAGUAAUUUUGUAAAUGAAAAAAAUGAAUAUGAAAAUCAAAUAGUAGAUAGUGAAACUAAACAAUAUGACAAUAGUUGCGAAGCAUAUCAGGAUUUUUCAAAUAUUAUCAAACAUUCAGAUUUUAAUAUCAGUGAUGUUCUGUACUUUAUUAUCACAAUUAAAAAAUACCAGAAUAGCUUACCAUUAAUUCCAUUUAAUGGUUAUGAUAUUGAACUUAAUGAUCGUAAUAUUUUUUCAACAUUAAAACUAACUCAUCAAGUAUUUGUAUUUCAAUUAAAAAGAACUUUACAACAUAUAAUGCUAAAUCCAUCAUUACGUGAUCAAAUGUAUUUUGGUUCAGGUAUUUAUUACAAAAUUAGACAAGAACUAUGGCAUGGUAAUAUUUGGCAUAAAUCACUAUUAUUUGGCACUACAUAUAUCUAUGUAAAUAAUGAAAUGUCAAUACUUCUAUUAACUAUAGACGAAUUAUUGCUUAUGGAUAUGAAAAAACCUGACAAUUAUGAUUAUUGUAUUGAUGAAAUUGUCUAUAAGAGUAAUAAUAAAUGGAAUACACAAUUAGUUGAUCUUUGUCACAAACAUCCAAUUGAAUAUAUUCCAAUUAGGGAUGGGAAUGAGUUACCUGUUUUUAAAUUUUUUCUUGAUAUUUACAUUGAUAAAUUUGAACCAUUUCAUAAUGCAUAUCAUGCAAUAGGAGGAAUCUAUUUACAAAUUGGAAAUAUGAUGCAAGUUAUACAUCAGAAACUUAAAAAUCAUUUUCUUUUAAAAUUUAUUCUUUUUGAUGCAAAUUGUAAUGAUGUUUUGAAACCUAUAAUUGAAGAUAUAAAAGAACUUGAAAAUGGAUUUGAAAUGGAUUUAGAUAAUAAAUGUAUUUGGAUAACUGGUGGAUUGGAAAAUAUUACAUCAGACUUACCUAAAGGAAAUGAACAAGCUGAAAUUAAGAAUCAUAAUGCUAACCAUGGCUGUCAUAUUUAUUUUUCAGGAAAAUGCAAAGGGUCUUUCUUUGGAAAAUGGAAAAUGCAAAGGAACUCAAUAUAUUUAAUUUGGAAAACGAAAUGGUGUUCAGCUUCAGAUCUUGGAUAUGGUAGUAAAUAUGGCAAGACCGCAAUAGUUCACAGAUGGGAAUUUGAAGAUCUGUGGAUUCCUGAAUGUUUUCUGAAUAGGAUUUUAAAGAAUGAUAAGUUUUGUCUACAGGUUUUCAGGUCUAUGGGUUUUCGGGUAGACAAAAUGGUUUACGGGUUUUCAGAUAAAAUGGUGAGUUUUGCAACAUCUGUUGUGAAACUUUGA